GGCUGGCACUGCAGUGGGCAUCAUUAAACCGUUAACCAUCGAACAGUGUGGAGUGGUACGGAACGUGUAACAGAGUUUGGUGCAUAGAGAGAAUCCUUCCAUAAUCUUUCCAUAAUUAACGAAAUCUCAAUCGCAAUACGAUUUCAAUCGUUCGGGCACAGUUCGGUUCACAGUUCGACGGAUAAGCAAUAAUCCUCGACAAGGAUAUUUAACGUCAACAUCAUGAAGUUGAUGCGUACAGCGACAACGCUGGCUCUGGUGCUGCUCCUGGCCACCAGUUACGCCCAGGCUGGCGAGGAGAAGAGCGAGGCUGCCGAGAAGACAGCAGCUGAGCCGUCAGAGAAAAAGGCUGAGGAAUCAGCAGCAGCCGCUGAUGAUACCACCAAAUCGAAACGUGGCCUGCAUCAUUAUGAGGAUUACCAUCAUCAUCAUGUGCCGCACUUCCCGGUGCAUGAGGAGAAGACACUCACCGUGAUCAAGAAGGUACCAGCGCCAUAUCCCGUCGAAAAGAUUGUCCAUGUGCCAGUGGAGAAGCACGUUCAUGUGCCCGUCAAAGUCAAGGUGCCCAAGCCAUAUCCCGUUAUCAAGCACGUGCCCUAUGAGGUUAAGGAGAUCGUGAAGGUGCCCUACGAAGUACCAGCGCCAUAUCCCGUCGAAAAGAAGAUACCCUACCCCGUCCAUGUGCCCUACGAUCGUCCAGUGCCCGUCAAGGUACAUGUGCCCGCACCCUACCCCGUUGAGAAGAAGGUCCAUGUGCCAGUCAAGGUACAUGUGCCCGCUCCCUACCCCGUCGAAAAGAUCGUGCACUACAAGGUAGAGAAGCACGUGCCUGUCGAGAAGCCGUACCCCGUCGAAAAGGUCGUCCACUACCCAGUCAAGGUGCCCGUUGAGAAGCCCGUACCCCACUAUGUGGACAAGCCAGUGCCCCACUAUGUGGACAAACCAGUGCCAGUGCCUGUGAUCAAGAAGGUCCCAGUGCCCGUCCAUGUGCCCUAUGAUCGUCCCGUGCCCGUUCAUGUUGAGAAGCCAGUGCCCUAUGAGGUGAAAGUUCAUGUGCCCGCACCCUACCCAGUGAUCAAGGAAGUGCCCGUUAAGGUUGAGAAACACGUUCCGUACCCCGUCAAGGUGCCCGUGGAGAAGCCCGUUCAUGUGCACAUUGAGAAGCAUGUGCCCGAGUAUCAUGAGAAGCACGUCAGCUACAAGGAGCCCGAGUUUGUGCACAAGCACAUUGAGGAGGAUCAUCAUUAUCAUCACCAGGAACAGCAUCAUGAGCCCAUCCAUCAUUCAUCAUAUUCGGCACCCAUUGAGGAGCAUCAUCAUGAAGAGCAUGAGGUGCAGCAUGAUUUUAAUGACUAUCAUGAUUAUCAUUCAUAUCACGGUUACUAAAAUUGGUGAAAUGAACAUUUUUCUCUUUUCUCUCUCUCUCUCUCUCUCUCUUUUCACUCUCUUUGCAGCAUUGAGAAUAUCGGUUAUGAACGGUAACGGUUAUGAGAAUGGAUAUAUAGCUAAACUGAACAAAAAAAAAGAAAAACUAAACUAAAAACAUUCACAAACAUUCAGUAACAAUCCAAAACAAAGUUCUUCCAUAUCAUAUACCCAAAUGCCCAACAUUCCAAUUCCACAAUUGCUAUAUAGAACGUGAUAAUGAUAGAGAUUCUUUGAAACCCUAAAAUUUACAAUGUGAACAAAAUGUGACACGAAACGAACUUACUUAGAUUUUAUGAACGAACCUUAGCUUAAGCCAUAAAAACAAAAGGAAAACCCAAGAAACGUUGACGAAACUAUCCCGUGAGAUCUGUUAUGAGAAAUUUUGAAGACGAUUAGACUUAGACUUUAAGAAACAAAACAAAAAGAUACAACACAUUUGGGCUCGCCCCCAAACACAUCCACUCAGAACAACGACUAAGAGAAAGUUAAUGAAACUAGACCCUAAAACAACAACCACAACAACACAUACACCACAUAUAACAACCUCUCAUCAGGAUCGUAUAUAUAUUGGAUGUGUUGUUGGACUUGGCUGUCACUCUCUCUCUCACUCGAUCGCGAAUGAUAUAACUGGGUACAACAUCUGACGAUGUGGUUGCUGCUGCUGUUUUUGUCCUCCAGCUGCGGCUACUCCUCCUUCUGCUCUGGUCCAUCCAAACUGUGCACCCGGUUCUGUUCGACUCGAUAUGAUAUUAGAGAUCUGAUAAGCGUGUGAUAAGACUUCUGUUAUAGUGUUUAAGUGUUUACUCUAGCUAUGCAUAUUAAUAUACUCGUAUAUAUAUAAUAUCUAUAUAUAUAAAAGAUAGUUAAGGCAGGCAGGCAGCCGUGCAGUCGCCUAAUUAAGUCAGUUUGUAAACGAACGUAUUGUAUUAUUUUUAUAAUAUUCUUUGCUAUAUAGUUUUUAAUGCAACCUAAACAACCACUAUCUAUAGUUUUGCUAAAUGUAAAAAGCUGUCGAAACCGAUUUAUAAAAAGUACUUAAUUUACCAAAUACUAUUUUUUGUCUCUGUAAAAACAAAUACACAACCGACCAUCAACAACAACAAAAAAUCAAUGAAGCUGAUGAAUAUGUUAACAAUAAAAAACGAGAAGAAUCAAGUGAUCAAAACUAAAACCAAACCGCUCUUUUCUUUCAUUAAAAAACAAAAAAAAAAAUAAAAAUAAA